AAGAAGAGAUAAAGUUAAAACGUCUUCCGAGACACUCAUCUGUGUCAUCUCACUAUCCAAUUCCAAUCCUUCUUCCUUCCUCUCAGAUUCAUUAACAAAAUAUGAUAGUAGCACAUAAAUCCAAAAUAAAAUAAAUUGAACAAGAAUUGUACUAUAUAAUAUAACCAAAAUUAAAAAAAAAGAAAAGAAAAAAGAAACAGGAGCAGAAGAGGAAGAUGCUGGUGAGUGAAUCGAGUGGUUCGAAGGUGGAUCUUCCGGAGGAGUUGCUAAAUGUUCUACCGUCCGAUCCUUACGAGCAGCUCGAUGUGGCCCGCAAGAUCACCUCCGUUGCGCUGUCGACACGUGUCGACGCGCUCCAAUCAGAGUCGUCCGCUCUACGCGCCGAACUCGCCGAUAGGAACCGGCUCAUCGCCGAGCUCCAGUCUCAGGUGGAGUCCAUCGACGCCGCUCUCUCCGAAGCCGCCGAUAAGCUAGCCCGAGCCGACCAAGACAAGGAGAAUUUGCUGAAGGAGAACGCUUCGCUUUCCAACACAGUGAGAAAGCUCACCAGAGAUGUCUCCAAGUUGGAGACUUUCAGAAAGACGCUUAUGAAAUCACUUCGCGAGGAUGAAGAUACUUCUGAAGGAACGCCGGACACUGCAGCUAAGUUACACAGUCAAGCAAGUUUCACUUCCACAUCGCAAUUUGGAGAUGAUGAUGCAUCUUCAACGCUUUCUUCUAGAACAUCUUCGAUGCGAAUAAACACUUCUGAUAUGGGAAAUUAUUUAGCAGAGGAUCGUGAGUCUGAUGGCUCAAAAUCUCGAGCAUCACAUAAUCUCCUCUUAGCAUCUCAAACUAGCACCCCUCGAAUUACUCCCCCUGGUUCCCCUCCUAGUAUGUCUGCAUUGGUAUCCCCAACAAGAACAUCAUCUAAGCCUGUGUCUCCAAGGCGCCAUGCAAUUUCCUUUUCAACCUCAAGAGGAAUGUUUGAUGAUAGGUCUUCAGUAGGGUCACAAACUGGACGAACACGCGUGGAUGGAAAAGAGUUUUUUCGCCAAGUUAGGAGUCGUUUAUCUUAUGAGCAGUUUGGUGCAUUUUUGGCAAAUGUUAAGGAACUGAAUUCUCAUAAACAAACUAAAGAGGAAACACUACAGAAAGCUAAUGAGUUAUUUGGGCCUGAAAACAAGGACCUCUAUACUAUAUUUGAGGGACUGAUAACGCGCAAUGUCCAUUAGCACUAUCAUGCGGAAAUUAAUUUCAUGACUGAAGUUUUGUUCCAACUUCCUAGUUAAUUUGUAACAACUGAUAUUCCCACUACUUUAGCAACCUUUUCCCAUUGUAAAUUACAUAUUACUUAUUAUUGCGUGAUAAAGUUUUAUUUGAAUUUCCAAGCCUGUAAAUUUGAAUUGGGGAAUGACUUCUCUUGACAAGAGCAAGUCUGUUAACAGGUCGACCAUUGGUGUCCUUUUAGGAAAUGCAUACUGUGUGUUCUUGCUUUCA